GAUUAGGCUAAUAGUUUAGUGUGCGAGGCAGGGAGGUUUUCAUGAUUGCUGCAAACCAUGUUGUUCCCUCAUCUCAAUAUAUAACCAAGUCGGCGAACCUAUUUUCCCUCUCAAAGCUCUCUCAUCUCAUCACAGCCUACACUAUUCUCUCUUCCUCUCUCUCUCUCUCUCUCUCUUUUUCCUCUCUAUAAACUCUGUUUUUUAGGUUUUCAUAAAAUCGAAAUUUACCAAACUCUCACGAAAACCUAAAAAAGAGACGAAGAAAAUCCGUGAAAAUCAAAGAUAAAAUUGUAUCAACCAACAACAGACUCAAUUGAUUCUUGCACGAUUGAUGCUGUGGUUUGUGGUACCAGUGCUCCUUUUCUGCAGAAGUUGCUAAUCGCAUUUGUAGGCUGUUCUCUUGAGUUCUUUUUAUAUUUGAGCAUCUAUUGUAACAUGAAACAUUUCACAUUUAAAUAUACAGUGUUGUAAAUUGUAAAUAAUCCAACAUUUCCAGUGGUAGUACUAUCGGUUUCAGCUUUCAACUUUGUGGCAUUCCGGUGUUUUAAUGCAGUUGCUCUAAUUUUUUUCCCUAAAUAUAUUACUGCAUUUCAUCAGAUAUUUGUAGAUGUGUUUUGGAUAUCCGUGGAAAGGACAAAUUUACUUUGAAGGUGGCUUGUUGAAUUGAAUUUGGAAGUUAUUUUGUUCUGUCAAUGGAGAGCUUAGCGCAACUGGAAGCGUUGUGCGAGAGACUUUACAAUUCGCAGGACUCGGCUGAAAGAGCUCAUGCAGAGAGCACUCUGAAAUGCUUUUCUGCAAAUACUGAAUACAUUUCACAAUGCCAGUACAUUUUGGACAACGCGUCGACUCCCUAUGCUUUAAUGUUGGCAAGUUCAAGCUUGUUGAAGCAAGUGACAGAGCACAGCCUCUCUUUGCAGCUCCGACUUGAUAUCCGAAACUAUCUGAUAAACUAUCUGGCCACCAGAGGACCUGAUUUGCAGCCUUUCGUAACUGGAUCCCUCAUUCAACUUUUUUGUCGAGUUACAAAGUUUGGUUGGUUUGAUGAUGAUAGGUUCAAGGAGGUUGUAAAAGAAUCAAUGAACUUUUUGAGUCAGGCCACUUCAGAUCACUAUGCCAUUGGCUUGAAGAUUUUAAAUCAGCUCGUCUCCGAGAUGAAUCUGUCUAAUCCAGGACUGACAUCCACACAUCAUCGAAGGGUCGCCUGCGCUUUCAGAGAUCAGUCACUAUUUCAAAUUUUCCAGAUUUCUUUAACGUCUCUUGGCCAGCUUAAAACUGACGUUUCGAGCAGGAUGCCAGAACUAGCACUAUCUCUUGCCCUCAAGUGUUUGUCUUAUGAUUUUGUUGGGACAUCCUUAGAUGAAAGUUCUGAAGAGUUUGGUACUGUACAGGUUCCAUCUUCAUGGAGGCCUGUCUUGGAGGAUCCUUCAACUGUGCAAAUCUUUUUUGAUUACUACACAAUCACCAAGCCUCCUCUCUCGAAGGAGGCAUUGGAAUGCUUAGUGCGUCUAGCUUCAGUUAGACGUUCUUUGUUCACGAAUGAUGUCGAGCGUUCAAAGUUUCUGGCACACCUUAUGACUGGAACAAAAGAAAUUCUGCAAACAGGGCAAGGCCUUGCUGAUCAUGAGAAUUACCAUGAGUAUUGCCGGCUUCUUGGGCGGUUCAAAGUGAAUUAUCAGUUGUCAGAACUUGUAAAUGUGGAUGGUUAUGGCGACUGGAUACGCUUAGUAGCAGAAUUCACUUCAAAGUCUCUUCAAUCAUGGCAGUGGGCAAGCAGCAGUGUAUACUACCUUUUGGGCCUGUGGUCCAGACUAGUGACGUCUGUGCCUUACUUGAAGGGAGAUACACCAAGUUUGCUGGAUGAAUUUGUUCCUAAAAUAACUGAAGGCUUUAUCACUUCCAGAUUUGAUUCUGUUCAGGCUGGUUUUCCAGACGACCUUUCUGAUAAUCCAUUAGAUAACGUUGAACUUCUUCAGGAUCAGCUAGAGUGUUUUCCUUACCUUUGCAGAUUCCAGUAUGAAAAUAGUAGUCUAUACAUCAUAAAGGUUGUGGAGCCUCUGCUACAAACUUAUACAGAAAGAUCUAGGAUCCAGGCUAGUGGAGAUGUUGGUGAACUCUCUGUGAUCGAAGCAAAACUUGCUUGGAUAGUUCAUAUAAUUGCCGCCAUCUUCAAAAUUAGACAGUGUACUAGCUCUAGUGCAGAAUCACAAGAAAUAAUUGACGCUGAACUCGCAGCACGAGUUUUACAAUUGAUAAACAUUACUGACAGCGGACUUCAUAAUCAGCGUUACGGUGAAGUAAGCAAGCAGCGAUUAGAUCGUGCCAUUCUCACAUUCUUUCAAAAUUUUAGGAAGACAUACGUGGGUGACCAGGCGAUGCACUCUUCCAAGCAGUUAUAUGCCAGAUUAUCUGAGCUCCUGGGACUCCAUGAUCAUCUACUAUUACUCAAUGUUAUUGUUGGUAAAAUUGCUACAAAUCUUAAGUGCUACACGGAGAGUGAGGAGGUUAUUGAUCACACCUUAAGCUUGUUCUUGGAGCUGGCAUCUGGAUAUAUGACGGGAAAGCUACUUCUGAAGCUGGACACCGUUAAAUUCAUCAUCGGGCAUCAUACUAGGGAGCACUUCCCAUUUUUAGAAGAAUAUAGAUGCUCUCGUAGCAGAACAACCUUCUAUUAUACUAUUGGUUGGUUGAUCUUCAUGGAGGAUAGCCCUGUGAAAUUUAAAUCUUCAAUGGAUCCUCUUUUGCAGAUUUUCAUUAGUUUGGAAGCAACAUCUGAUGCUGCAUUCCGCUCUGAAGCUGUGAAAUAUGCACUGAUUGGGUUGAUGCGGGAUCUGAGAGGAAUUACAAUGGCAACGAAUAGUCGCAGAACAUAUGGACUCCUCUUUGAUUGGCUGUAUCCCACACACAUGGCUCUUGUCUUAAGAGGCAUCUCUCAUUGGACUGAUACACCAGAGGUUACGACACCGUUGCUAAAAUUUAUGGCAGAGUUCGUGUUGAAUAAAGCACAACGUCUGACAUUUGAUUCAUCAUCUCCUAACGGCAUACUCCUUUUUCGAGAAGUCAGCAAAUUAAUAGUUGCAUAUGGAUCACGGAUUUUGUCACUUCCCAAUGCUGGAGAUGUUUAUGCUUUCAAAUAUAAGGGAAUGUGGAUCUGUUUGACUAUUCUUUCGAGGGCACUUGCUGGAAACUAUGUCAACUUUGGUGUGUUUGAACUGUAUGGUGAUAGAGCACUUGCAGAUGUGCUUGACAUAGCUUUGAAGAUGACUUUAUCAAUUUCUAUGGCCGAUGUCCUGGCAUUUCGUAAGCUUACGAAGGCUUACUUUGCCUUCUUGGAGGUUCUGUUCAACAGCCACAUUACAUUUGUUUUGAAUCUUGAUACAAGCACGUUUAUGCAUAUCGUUGGAUCUCUUGAAUCUGGUGUUAAAGGCUUGGACAACAGUAUCUCAACGCAGUGUGCAUCUGCUGUUGAUAGUUUGGCUGCUUUCUAUUUUAACCAUAUAACAGUGGGUGAUGGACCUCCAUCUCCUGCUGCAAUGAACCUUGCACGACACAUCGCUGAGUGCCCCACUUUGUUUCCAGAAAUAUUGCGAACUCUCUUUGAAAUUGUUCUAUUUGAGGAUUGUGGAAACCAAUGGAGUCUUAGCAGAGCAAUGCUGAGCUUGAUACUAAUCAGCGAGCAGAUGUUCACUGAUCUGAGGGUGCAAAUAUUGGCUUCACAACCAGUGGAUAACCAGCAGCGCCUCUCCCUUUGCUUUGACAAACUAAUGGCGGAUGUUACUCGAAACUUGGAUUCCAAGAACAGGGAUAAGUUCACUCAAAAUCUGACCAUAUUCAGGCACGAGUUCCGUGUCAAGUAGCUGUGCGCUCCUUGUUAUGCAGCUUGAUACUUUUUGUGUGGUGCGGAAUGACGAUCCGUCAAACGAAUACAUGUUUUAAGCAAAUCUUCUCUCCCCGCCUACCCCACAGUAGGCUUUUGUGGAUCACACGGUAAAAGACCUUGUAUAGGGGAGGAGCAUGGGUUUGUUGUUCUUAUAGGAUAAGUGGGAAAGGGGAAAAUUCACAAUUGAUGGGUCAUGAGUUCGUUGUAAUGGUAUUUUGAUGGUGUAUUGAUAUCAGUAAUUGCGAAGUGGGGGGCAUAGCUAGAAACAUAUACAAAGAAAAAUGGGGCCCAUUAGGAGAAGAAGUACUAGGGAUUGCAGAAGCUAUCGGCAGUAUAUUGGGUGUCCAGAGAAGCUGGGGGGCUUCUGUUAGUGAAUAGAACUCGAAUUCUUUGUUAGGAGGAAAAUUUGUACAUGAAUGGUAAAACUGCUUUGUUGCCUUUAAAAAAAAUAGAAAUGACUAGAAAGAGUUGAAGAGUGUUGUAUCUGUGUAUUCCUUCAUUUUCAUGUUUAAUUGUCAAAAGUUGUUCCUUA